CUCCUCUUCCCCUCCGCCGCGGCCUGCCAUGGUCCGCAAACCCAAACAGUGUCGGCGCCGGCCGCUCGCCCGCCGCGCGUGAUCCUCGCCCCGCCGCCGCCCAGCGCUGCGCGCCCCGCCUGGCGGCCCUCGCCCGGCUGCUCCGGGCACCCGGCCUCGCGGAGCGAUGCUGCUGCUGGCAGCCGCCUUCCUCGUGGCCUUCGUGCUGCUGCUCUACAUGGUGUCUCCGCUCAUCAGCCCCAAGCCCCUCGCCCUGCCCGGGGCGCAUGUGGUGGUUACAGGAGGUUCCAGUGGCAUUGGGAAGUGCAUUGCUAUCGAGUGCUAUAAACAAGGAGCCUUUAUAACUCUGGUUGCACGAAAUGAGGACAAGCUGCUGCAGGCAAAGAAAGAAAUUGAAAAGCACUCUAUUAAUGAUAAACAGGUGGUGCUUUGCAUAUCAGUUGAUGUAUCUCAAGACUAUAACCAAGUAGAGAAUGUCAUAAAACAAGCACAGGAGAAACUGGGUCCAGUGGACAUGCUUGUAAAUUGUGCAGGAAUGGCAGUGUCAGGAAAAUUUGAAGAUCUUGAAGUUAGUACCUUUGAAAGGUUAAUGAGCAUCAAUUACCUGGGCAGCGUGUACCCCAGCCGGGCCGUGAUCACCACCAUGAAGGAGCGCCGGGUGGGCAGGAUCGUGUUUGUGUCCUCCCAGGCAGGACAGUUGGGAUUAUUCGGUUUCACAGCCUACUCUGCAUCCAAGUUUGCCAUAAGGGGAUUGGCUGAAGCUUUGCAGAUGGAGGUGAAGCCGUAUAAUGUCUACAUCACAGUUGCUUACCCACCAGACACAGACACACCUGGUUUCGCCGAAGAAAACAGAACAAAGCCUUUGGAGACUCGACUUAUUUCAGAGACCACAUCUGUGUGCAAACCAGAACAGGUGGCCAAACAAAUUGUUAAAGAUGCCAUACAAGGAAAUUUCAACAGUUCCCUUGGCUCAGAUGGGUACAUGCUCUCGGCCCUGACCUGUGGGAUGGCUCCAGUAACUUCUAUUACUGAGGGGCUCCAGCAGGUGGUCACCAUGGGCCUUUUCCGUACUAUUGCUUUGUUUUACCUUGGAAGUUUUGACAGCAUAGUUCGUCGCUGUAUGAUGCAGAGAGAAAAAUCUGAAAUUGCGAAUAAAACUGCCUAAUUCUUCUUACCCUUGGAAGAAGACUGUUUCCAAAUAAUUUGAACAGCUUGCUGCUAAAUGGGACUCAAUUUUUGACCAAUAGACACUUAUAUAUUGUUUUUGAAUAUCACAUUGGACCAGUGCUCUUCAGAAAUGUGGCUGCAAGCAAGGAGCUAGAAGUUCACCUCCUGACAAUAUUAUUAGUACUAUGCAAAUAUGGAAUAAGAGACCAUUUGAUUUCCUAGGCUUUGAGGUAGAGAGGUGAUGGUAUGAGAAUUAAUAGCAUGUCAACAAGGUAAAGAACAGGAUUCCAGAAUGAUCAUUCAAUUUUUUUCUAUUUAUUCUUUUUUGCCCCCCCUAGAGAUUAAGUCCAGAAAUGUACUUUAUGACACAUAAAGAAAUCUUGAGGACUUCCUUUAAACCUUCCAUAAAAAACAGUUUUGGGUUUCUAGGGUUUUUUUUUUCUUUUUAACUUGGUGUAUUUUAUUCAAGAUAAGUUGGACCCAUUGCCAGCGAGUCUGAAUGUCACUAACAGCUCUGUGUUGUGCUCAGCACUCACUCUGCUGCUGGUGAAAACUCAUGACUUCUCUCUCUCUUUGAUCCCAUAAAGAUACGAGGGGGAUGAGAGAGGGCAGUGCAAUGGGAGGUAAAGAGAUGUUUUCUAGUUGGAAAAGCAAUGCUUUCUUGUCUUUAGACUGAAAUGCUUAGGGAACGUUUCAUUUCUCAUUCAUCAGGAAAGGCAGCCUCCUUAAAUGUUUUCAGAAGAGCGAUAAAAUCUAGAAACUUCAGAAUUUACAAUUCCUUCAAUAGCCAUGAUGACCUGAAGUUCACCUACUCCAUUUUAGCCUCCAUUUGUUCUUCCCAUCUCUUCCUUUCCAAUUUUGCUUAUACUGCUGUAAUAUUUUUGUAAAAAAAAAAGAAAAGAAAAAAAAAGGGAGAAGAAAAAAAAGACCAGCUAAAAUUUUUUUGACUUGACUUUUUAACUUAAUUCAUGAAUUAAUUAAAACAAAUGAAAAAAUUAAAAA